CAUUAUACAUACCUAUCAGUCUGGUGCACGGUGAUCCGGGUGUCAAGUGCGUCGCGCAGUUAGGUUAGGCAUCAACAUUCUAAUUCCCGUUUUUCAGACCGCUACAUACCGUCGUAUCUGUAUAGGUGUAUAUAGCUAUACUAUGCACGUAUAAGUAUAUAUUUGUCUGUUUAGUGUCAUCGCUCCAUCGGUUAACGUGAUGUGUGCCGAACGCAAGUAAGAACAGUGCUAAAAACAGAUGAUUCGAACUUUGGAAAGCAAUACACAGUGCAGCAGGCAAUUUCGCAAUAAGAUGCGUGUAAACGUCAAAUAUUUUCUUAUUUAUAUCUAGUAGUUCUGAUACAAGAGAAGGAAUAACGUCACGUUGUAAUGGGCAAAAGCGAAAGAGAUUCAAUUUACGAUUGAAUUGAUGAAUUCUAAUUGCAUAUUUAUAUUUGACCGAACAAUUUGAACUCAUGUCUGAUACCAUGGGAGAUGCUAUUGCACCUCCUAUUAAACCUCCUCGGGGUAUCAAACCCUCUAAAGAAACAAGUGGCUUGUUAAUAACUGUGAUUCGUGCCCUAUCUGCCAGUGAAACAAAUGAACAGCGUGAGGUUGAAAAAGCAAAGCUUGAAAAAGACUUUAAAAAAUGCGAUCAAAGACUAGACGAGCUUGUUUCAGCUCAUGAAGGAGAUCUCACAGAGGUUAUGAGAAUAUUUGGUGAACUAUCUGAACGAGUGACAGCAGCGCGUGAAAAAAUACAUUCUGUUAAAGAAAAUUUGAAUGCUUGUAAACAGUUGUUAAAUUGCAGACGUGAGGAACUGAUGGCACUGUGGUUAGAAGGUGUUGAACACAAACAUGUUCUGCAGCUUUUAAAUGAUGUCGAUCAAUUAAAAGAGAUGCCUAUUAAGCUGAGCAACUAUUUAGAAAAAAAGCAUUAUUUACAUGCAACACAACUACUUGUCUCUGCUCUCUCAAUGGGUGAUGGAGUAUUGGAGGGUGUAGAGGCCCUUCGAGAAGUGAGAACAGAAUUAGAAACAAAGAAGCAGAAACUUAUUACUAAACUACUAGAAGAAUUGAACAAACAUUUGUACAAAGAGCAGCCAAAAGAAUCAGGGUUACGAAGACAGGGUUCAUACCGGGAUUUCCAACGUGGAAAUGAGACGAGAAAUUCCAAGGGUAAUAAAGUAAAAAGAAAUCUACUUGAUGUUACUGUACCAGGGUAUCUAUCUGGACAAGUGUCUAGAAAAACAAGCAGUGUAGGCCUAGAAGAUUUGAAUAACCUUGUGGAGGAUGAAAAUAACUUGAAUCCAGAGGAAAAUUCCCAACACUUUUUGGCUAUCAUUAUAGAAUGUUUAGCUUUACUAAAUCAAAUCCCAGAAGCUAUAGAGGUUAUAAAAGCACAAAUGCAAAAUGAAUUGCUUAAGAUUAUUGAAAACGCUUCAAAAACUGUUAAAGAAUCGUCAUUGGAUAAGUUAACAAGCGGACUUGCAAACAUAAACGUUCAAGACGUUUCUACAUACAGUAAAACGGAAUCGUCAAGUCAAUCGCCUCUUUUGCAGCUUUUAAACGUAGUCUUCGAGCGAUUUCAGCAGGUCAUUGCUUCUCAUUCUCUAGCUCUAUGUGGCUUUGCACAUGUAAUAAAAAAACACAAUCUAGAAGUGCCUCUUUACGGUAUGACUGAUGUUUGGAGUGGUAUUCAAGCAGUGUUGCAAAUAGUAUUGACUGAAUAUCUAGAUGUACAGAAUUUAGUUGAUGGACCUUUUCAAACGUCAGUCUCAUUGAACGAACAAACCAGUGAUAUAAACGCCUAUUUCGCUAAAAAGAGACCUCAGCGUCAAAAGAACGGUUUACUCUUUAAGUUUGAUUCAUCGUCUCAUACCAUGUCUUUAAAUAAUUAUCUCAAGGAUCACAGAUAUAGCAGUCUUAGUUUAUCCGAUAGUAAACAAGGAAAAGCGAGCAAGAUAUUAGUGUGCAAACCGGAUCCAAAAAAUAUCACUCUUAUAUUCAAACCAAUAAUGCAGUUUAUCGACGAUGUCGAGCAAGCCUUAGGAAUUGUUUCGGGAAGUUCACCGUGCUCGUUGAAUAACUUUUUGGCAGACUACGUGAAAGAAGUAUAUCUGGGAAGGCACCACGUGCUGGUUGCGACGACGAUAGAUGCAGCGACAAAAAGCCCGGAUGCAUGGCGCGCGACAACUUCUCCAGAAAGCAUGAGAGAUCUUGGACUGAGCAGGCCGUUACUACAGAGCACGGUUAAAGUUCAGCAGUGCGUGGCCGAACUACGAUUGCUGAUGAUCGCCUUGCCAUUGCAAGGAGAGCACUUUUGUACAUUGGCUUUGAACGUUUUGCACAAUUAUCGGGAGACUUGUCUGAACGCAUACCGAGGGAUCGUUCAGCCGGACAGACACGACCGUUUAAUCUGCUCAGCUGCUUGGCUCAAAGACGACGACAUAAGCAGAUUCAUCAAAUCGCUUCCGAAUUGGGAAAGCAUGAAGAGCGAAGUCGAGCAGUACAGGAGAGGGCCGACCGGGCGCAGAAUGCCACCACGCAGGCAGGAGACUCAGGAUGAGGAGAGCCCCGAAGACGUGCGUCAACGAAAUCUCAGAGAAGCCGAAAUUCUGGCGAGCAAUUUGGGGGAAGGCGGCAUCGCCCCUAAUGAAAUUCUCUCGGAUGUCGAACAGUUGCGGAGCUUAGCCCUGCUGCAGGAGAGCAUCGAGUGGUUCUCCCUGUCGAUUCGAUCGCUGAUUAAGGAAUUGCGUCAGUCCAAUCACGAGAGGAACGUGGAUGCGAACGCUCUGCCGGCCAUGCCCGAUCCCCUCGUGCAGUGCUUGGAACAGGUGGCCGAGGAGUACGACGAUCUCGCUAAUACGUGCAUAUUGGUUUUGCAUUUGGAGGUGAGGGUGCAGUGCUUUUUCUACCUGCAUCCGCGAUCGGAGAGCAGCCUGCUGACCGGGAUCGGAGGAGUCAAAGACCCGGAAGAAGCGGACCCCCGCGUCGAGGAGCUCAGCAGGGUUCUGCAGCACAUCGACGAGGCCUUGCAGUCGACGCUUCACCCGAAAAAGACCAAGUACAUCUUCGAGGGUCUCGGGCACCUGAUAGCGAAGAUCCUGAUAACGUGCGCCCAGUACAUCGAGCGCAUAGACGAGAGCGGAAUACAGAGGAUGUGCAGGAACGUGUUCACUCUGCAGCAGACCCUGACGAACAUCACGCUGACGCGGGAGCUGGCUCUCGACUACGCGCGGCAAUAUUUCGAGCUGUUCUACGAGACACCCGAAGAGAUAUUAAACAGCGUGCUGGAGCACGGGCCGCGCUUCUCCGAGCUCGAGUACAUCAACGCUUUCCAGCUGAUAGCCAGGAGCCGGCAGGAGUACGCCUCGGUGAACAAGCACCUCGAGAAGCUGUCCGAGAUUCUGGGGGACGUCGGCGUUACCGUCUGACCUGGGAGAGAGCCACGUUGAUUAUCUGCAUUACUGUCAUUAUUGUCACUACUACUCAUGAGAACUCGAGAGGGAGACGAUGUUAACGAUUUACGAUGGACGAGGAAAAUAUGCAAUAAAGCACAAGAUUUUAUCGUUAAAAAAA